AUGCGGUGGAUCUCAAACAUCCUUCGAGAAGCCAGGAAAUCCUGCUUUGGGAGAGAAAUAACAUCGACGUUUGACACGUAUAAUGCAGAGGCAAAUGAAAUAGUCACACCGCAAACAUGCAGUGGUGUGAAAACCGAGGUAUCAAAGACACUUGCGCCGUUUCUCCAGGUGUCGAGGGUAGAUAUUCUCGAUAGAAAUGCACACACUAGCCAGAUGUUUGGGACUCUGAGCCUGAAGAACACCCUGGUACAGGUUAGCAUGGACCAUGAAAACAGCGUUGGGUUCAGGGCUAUGAACAUGUCUGGAAACCUUAUCACUAAAAUACACACAAUAAUUACAGGAAGGAAAGAAGUGUUUAGCCAGGUUGAGCUUGAAAUGAAGAAUCGAAUCAAUAACUUUGGGCUAAAGCUGAUAAGCCCGGCGGUAAAGAGUACUGGGAUGGUGUAUGUUGCGAAUACUCUUCAUCAAUUUGGGUCUUUGAGCCUUGGAGGAGAAGUUAUAGGUGCAGACUCGGAGCUUGGAGUCUCUGUGUGUGGAAGAUACGAGCACAGAAAUGGGGUUUUUUCUGUAGGUUUACAACAGUUUACUGCUUUAAGUCUCAACUACUAUCAUAAACUAGGGAAGUAUCUUGACGUGGGUACUGAGGUGCAGAUUCCAAAGUCUUGCCCUCCCAGUGCUGCUGUGGGAUGUAGACUAACAACUUCAAAAACUCAGAUGAAAGCAAAUGUGAACAGCGACAUGUCCCUUAGUUUUUGCCUUGGCGAAAAGUUAACAGAAGGACUAAGCUUCAAUGUGAAUGCCGAAGUCAACAAGUCUGGAUGCACGCAUGGAUUUGGGUUUUCCUUGGAAUUCUAA